GUAGUGUGUCUGUGACGUUUGUGGCGCCAGAAAUCAAGCGCUCGAAAAAAGGCAACUGGCGUUUCAGCUUGUCUAUACGUAGCCAUUUACCAGAGUAUCUACAUACAAUUAAUAAGCGUUCUACUUUAAGAACGGAUUUUUACUGCUGACUUUUUAUUCUUAAUUUGUGGUCUGAAGGAAAUACCGGGCACAAUGGUGAUGUUACGCAGCAGCUCGAGUGCAGACACAGGAACAGAGAAGAAGCCAUCAGAACUGGACACGACCUCCGAGUUUCUAUCUUUGCAGCCGUCACCGAGAAAGUCCGCUCGCCGGAAUCAGGGUGACUGCUCCAGUUGCGCGGACACUCCAACAAAUGGGUAUUUAACCGUGAAAGAGGAAGAAACCCUAACUGGACGUACUCUGAGGACCAGGUCACAGAAGACCAAAAAUGGUGUGUCUUUUGCUGACGCUAAUGGACAGACUGCAGAAUCUCCACAAGAAGAUGACAACGGAGGAAAAAGGUUCACAAGGAAAUCUCCAAGGCUUCAAGCGAGCGAGGAGGAGCAAGCAGGCCAGGUCGAUGGGACCCCCACUUCCAGGAGCCCCCGGUGUAAAGCUGGAGGAGCUGAGGCCAAUGACACCGUGCGACGCAGCUCCAGAACCACCAGAUACAAGCAGUCCGUGCUCUACGACAGACUCAUCACCAACACUGCAGAAGCGGUCCUCCAGAAGAUGGACGACAUGCAGAAGAGGCGGCGUCGGCUGAGGAGCAGAGACACUGAGGACGUGAAACUUGUAAUGUAUUCUGGGACGAAGAGAAAAAGAAAAGCAGAUGAAACUGAUGAAGAAGCACCUGACAACCACGAGGAAGGGAACGAGGGGUAUACUGAGGAUGAGGGAGAUGAGGAGGAGGAGGAGGAAGAAGAAGAGGAUGAAGAUGAGGAGGACGAUGACGAUGCUGAAGACAAUCAGAAGCGCUAUGAAGUCAGGCAGAGGAAGGCUGUUGUUCGCUACCAGGCGCCUUUGGAGGAACCGAGGAAACAGACCAUGUUUUUCAAUAGACACCCCUCCUCCAGAAGAAGGAGGUACUCAUUCAGCUCCACGGCCCCCAGGAGCCCCUACAACAGCAGGAGGAAUAGCCGGCGAAGACACGCCCUCCACAGCAGCGACACGACGUCCUCCUCGUCCUCGUCCGACGACGAGGAGCGCUUCGAGAGGCGGAGGAGUAAAAACCGAAACAGGCCAAUAAAUAGGUGCCUCCCGCUGAACCUGCGUAAGGAAGACCUGCUGGGGAUCCACAAGGACAGAAUGAAGAUCGGUGCCAGUCUUGCCGACGUCGACCCCAUGCAGAUCGAUCAGUCGGUGCGUUUUGACAGCAUCGGGGGUCUGACCAGUCACAUCGCUGCUCUGAAGGAGAUGGUGGUCUUCCCUCUGCUCUACCCAGAGGUCUUUGAGAGGUUUAAGAUUCAGCCUCCCAGGGGCUGCUUGUUCUACGGGCCCCCCGGCACCGGGAAAACCCUGGUGGCCAGAGCCCUGGCCAACGAGUGCAGCCAGGAGGACAAGAAGGUGGCCUUCUUCAUGAGGAAGGGCGCCGACUGCCUGAGCAAGUGGGUGGGAGAGUCCGAGAGACAGCUCAGGCUGCUCUUCGAUCAGGCCUACCAGAUGCGGCCGUCCAUUAUCUUCUUUGAUGAAAUCGACGGGCUGGCUCCAGUCCGCUCCAGCCGGCAAGACCAGAUACACAGCUCCAUCGUCUCCACCCUUCUGGCCCUGAUGGACGGCCUGGACGCCCGGGGGGAGGUGGUGGUGAUCGGGGCCACGAACCGGCUGGACUCCAUCGACCCCGCGCUGAGGAGACCGGGCCGCUUCGACAGGGAGUUCCUCUUCGGCCUCCCGGACAGAGAGGCCAGAAGAGAUAUCUUAAAGAUACACACGAGACAGUGGAAUCCACAGCUGUCUGACGCCUUCCUGGAGGAGCUGGCCGAGCACUGUGUCGGUUACUGCGGGGCGGACAUCAAGGCGGUGUGCGCGGAGGCGGCGCUGUGCGCCCUGCGGCGGCGCUACCCCCAGAUCUACGCCAGCUCGCAGAAGCUGCAGCUGGACGUGUCCUCCAUCAGCAUGGAGAGCCGCGACUUCCUGGCGGCCAUGAGGAAGACCGUCCCCGCCGCCCACCGCGCCGUCUCCUCCCCGGCCAAGGCCCUGACGCCCGUGGUCCAGCCCCUGCUGGGCGGGGCCCUGGCCAGCCUGCUGGGGACCCUGCGCAAGCUCUUCCCCCACGCCGAGCGGGGCCUCAGGGGCCCCAGACAGACCGAUCUGACUGCGAGUAUUCUGGAGGAUGACCUCAUGUACAGCGAGGACGAGGGGCCUUCCGUCUUCGCCAACGGCCCCCUUCACAAGCAGGCCACGCCCAAAGGGAGCUUCCUGCGCUCGGACCGGAGCGCCCUGCACCAGCCCACCUCCCACCGGCCGCGGCUGCUGCUGACGGGGCGGCAGGGCUCGGGGCAGAGCUCCCACCUGGCGCCGGCGCUGCUGCACGCGCUGGAGCGCUUCAGCGUGUACACGCUGGACAUGGCCGUGCUGUACGGGGCCAGCGCCGCGUCCCCCGAGGAGGCCUGCGCACAGCUGUUCCGCGAGGCCAAGAGAACGGCCCCCAGCAUCCUGUACGUGCCGCACAUCCAGCUGUGGUGGGACACAGUGGGGAGCGCCCUGAGGGCCACCUUCCUCAGCCUGCUGCAGGACGUCCCCCCCUUCUCCCCCAUCCUGCUGCUGGCCACCUGCAGCCAGCCCCACCACAGCCUCUUCCAGGAGGUGCAGGACCUGUUUCGUGUUGAGUAUGGAGAGGUUUACGAGGUCCAGCUGCCCACCCAGCAGGAGAGAACCAGGUUCUUUGAGGAUCUCAUUCUGAAACAGGCGGCCAAGGCACCAGCUUCCAAGAAGAAAGCAGUCCUGCAGGCCAUGGAGGUGCUUCCCGUGGCCCCCCCGCCGGCCCCGCGGCAGAUGACGGGGGCGGAGCUCCAGCGCCUGGAGGAGCAGGAGGAGGACACCCUGCGGGAGCUGCGGCUCUUCCUGCGCAGCGUGGCCGACCGCCUCACCCUGGACAAGCGCUUCAAGGCCUUCACCAAACCCGUGGAUGUCCAGGAGGUUCCUGACUACUUAACGGUGAUCAAGCAGCCCAUGGACCUCUCCACUGUGCUGUCCAACAUCGACCUGCACAAGUAUGCGACCGUGAAGGAGUUCACCCAGGAUGUGGAUCUCAUCUGGCAGAACGCCUUGGAGUACAACCCAGACAUCGACCCUUCAGAUCGUUUGAUCCGCCAUCGGGCAUGCUCCCUGAAGGACACUGUGCACGCCAUCAUCAAAGACGAGCUGGACGAGGAGUUUGAAAAGAUCUGUGAACAAAUCAAGGAAUCCCGCUCCAACAGAGGUUGUUCCACAUCGCGGUUUGCACCCUCGUACUACCACGUUCUGCCAAGGACGAGCGGGACUGGCGAUCCCGCGAAAAACUGCACCGGCGCCGCUAAAGAAGUGACCGUGCCCACGGCGACCAGCACGCCGCGCGUCGCAGCGACUCAGAAGAAGAAGCGCAGACGGAGCCGCUGGAGCAACGGCAUCAUUACCAAGAAGAAGUCCUCCUCCUCCGCUCACGCCUCCAAAGAGGACGAGGAGGAAGGCGAGGAAGAGGACGAGGACGGGAAGUUGGGGGAGAGCGAGGAGGGCGAAGAGGAGGCGGAGCACGCCCUGGAGUCGGGCGUGGAGGAGCUGGACGCGGGCGGGGACUCCUCUGCGGAGUGCGACCUGCGGCUGCCGAAGAGCUCGGGCGCGGCGGGGCAGGAGGGAGCGGAGGAUGGGGAGCGGCCCACUCCGCCCCCAGCAGAGGAGGACCGUCGGCCGGAGCACGGCUCAGCCGAGCCCUCCCACACCCCCGCAGAGCCGGUAGACCUGGGGGGAAAAGCCCCCCCUGAGUCUGCAGGGCCUGAGAGAGCAGAGGAAGAUAUUAUCACAGAGAAGGGGGUGGUGCGCAUGACUCGCGGGCGGAGGAGCCAGGUGCAGCAGCACAUGGACGUGGAGAAGGCCAUGCAGAUCCUGAACCAGAAAACCCCACAGCUGGUCGUCGACCACGAGAAGCUGAAGGAAUUGCUGAGAGGAGUGGUUUCAAAGACUGAGGGGUGUGAGGUGUACCAGCUUGAGAAGCUUUAUGCUUUGUUAUGUCAGAGCAUCUACCGUCAUCGGAAAGACUACGAUAAGACUGCGCUUAUUGAGGAAAUGAAAAAUGAAAUUGACAGCUUUAUUUAACUUUUCUUACUCUUACACUGAAAUAUGAUGCUAAUUAUUUAAAGUUUUUACCAGCCUACAAUGUUUGUAAAUGUACACAAAUUACACAUUAAUAUUUCUAAAUGACAUGUAUUACAUUUCAUUAAAGUUUUUCCAAAAUGUCAA